AAAAUCAUUCCACUAAGAUGUCUGCGACGGGUUCAGGCUGCGGACCCGGACCCGGACCCGGACCCAGCUCGGGCUCCGGGUCCGGGGCAUCCAACCCCCGGAAGUUUAGCGAGAAAAUCGCGCUGCACACCCAGCGACAGGCCGAGGAGACGGCCGCCUUCCAGGAGGUCAUGAUGGACAUCACCUCCACCCGGCUCCAGGCCCAGAAGCUGCGUCUCUCCAGGAGUCAGGGUCUGUACUACGGCGGCUCGCUGCCCAACGUCAACCAGAUCGGCCGGAGCCCUCCAGACUUCCAGGGCUCUUUCCCCUCCACUCUGGAGUCCAACCGGUCCACUCGGCAUCACGGUCUGGUGGAGCGAGUCCAGAGAGACCGCCGUUUCAUCCCACCAGUCCGACCCUACCGCAACCGACAAGUGGACAGCUUGCCGUAUAACUCUGCCUACUUGUCCCCACCUCCUGACCCCAGCUGGAGAAGGAAUUGGUCCGGAAACUUCCCCGGGGAUAAAAGCCAGUUGUUUCAUCUCCCCACCACUGCACUCAACAGGACAAACUCUGACUCGGCUCUCCACACCAGCGUGAUGAACCCUUCCACAGGAGACCCCUUCACUGCAGGAGGAUGCAGCCUCACCCCCCAGAGCAACAGAUGCACCGGUCAGAGUGAUGGAGAGGGCAGAAGAAUGUUUCCAUACCCGGUGCCCCCCAUUGAAGAGAAUGUGUUGGAUGAGGGGAAACUGCUCAAACCCUGGGACACCAAGAAGUUGCCUCUGUUGUCAUCCCGACCCAAGUCCUGUGAAGUCCCUGGCAUCAAUAUCUUCACAUCCUCGGAGCAGCCAUCCACAACAACUCACGGCGUUCCGUCGGGGCUCAAUACUGGCGGCUCGCUGCCUGACCUUUCCAGCCUUCACUUCCCCUCCCCGCUGCCCACACCGCUUGAUCAGGACGAGCCCGGCUACCCAGGAUCCUCCUCUCUGAGCGGGGGGGGCAGCACAGGGAACCUGGCCUCCACCCUUACUCAGUUGGGCAUCAAUGCCGCCAACGUACAGGGAGGCAACAGCAACUUCCAUCACCACACACCAGGUCUCCUUGCGUCUCUACAGAGCACGCUCAGUAGCCCCUCCCUGCAGUCCUCACUUAGCAACCCCAACAUCCAGUCGUCGCUGAGCAGCCACUCCUUCUCCAGCUCUCUAAGCUCCGCCUCUCUGCAUUCAUCGCUCAGCAACCCCUCGCUGCAGUCGUCUCUCAGCUCCUCCUCCUCCUUGCCGUCUUCCCUCAGCAGCCAAUCGUUGCACUCCUCCCUCAGUAGCUCCUCCCUGCAGUCGGGAUCCACUGGCUACAGCUCCAGCUCCGCCUACUCGCCGCUGCUCAUUGGACAGGGCCAGCCAUCACUCAGCACCUCGCCACGGAGACGGGCACAGCUCUGCCCGCUAAUCCUGCCCAUGGUGGGGGAGUCACGGAGGCAUCACUCCAAACAGUUCUCCCCCACCAUCUCCCCCACCCUGUCCUCCAUCACACAGGGCGUCCCUCUGGAUACUAGCAAACUGCCUCUGGACCAAAGGCUCCCUCCGUACCCACUCAGCCAGUCCCACCAGCACCAGCCUAUCCCCGGUCUGCAGGGCUCCCAGCCAGGCCAGCAACCCUCUCCGAUAAGCCAGCACCACCAACAGCUGCACCGCCUUCAGCAGCCACGGCCUAGUGCUCAGCAGCAGCAGCAGCAUCUCCUACAGAACCUACGCAACUCACAAAACCAGCACAUGCAGCAGCACUUUGGAACACAACAGAGGCCGAUGGAACCACAGACGAACACAGUGAACUCUCAGCUGAUGAAGAACGAGAGGCCGACGGAUCAGUGCGUGCAGAGCUCCUCUCGGUGUCACCUCAAACAGGAAACCGAGCAGCAGGUGGAGCAGCACCGAGCCGGCGGCCUUCCACAGCUCCAGCAGAUCAGCCACAACCUGGCCACCGACCUCUACAACGAUGCCUUGUUCAACUCUCUACUGGAUGACCCCUAUCUGAGUCUCCAGUUCACUGGCAGAUCCACUCAGCAGUUCCCAGCAGAGAACCAGGGAGACUGUCUGUCUCUGAACCACAGUGGUCUGAGCUGCACCAGUGACAAAAAACAGUACCUCUCCAACACCCAGGGACACCUGGACCUGCAGGACCCUGUGAACCAGCAGUUACUCAACAACCAGAACCAGAACUAUGGCGGCGGGGACGGACGACACAACGUGCCCAACAUUAUCCUCACUGGAGACUCCCCCCCAGGUCUGUCCAAAGAGAUUGCCAGCGCUCUGUCCCACGUGCCGGGCUUUGAGAUGGACCCGUUCUCCCUGGACGACCCACUGAGGAUGGACCCGCUGGCUCUGGACAUGCUGGACGGAGACCUGAUGCUGGCCGACCCGGCGGUGGAGGACUCCUUCCGAUCCGACCGGCUGAAGUGACCCCCCUCCCCCGCUUUCGGGUAAAGAGACGCCACCCAUAAGAGGUGGAGAGAGGACCAGACGGUCUGCAGACCUCUGGGAGAACCAGAGGAGGGGAGUUUUGAACCCACUCUCGCUAUGCUUCAAGUCCAGAACCAAGACGUUUCUCUUUUUGGCAUUAGCAGGAAUAAAGUGCUCAUGUGACUCCGGCUUUACGUCAAACCAGCAAACCAUCCUUAUGAUUCAUGAAUCAUAUAUAAAUCAUAAAUCACCCUUGAGCUUUUCUUUGGGAGUUGAGAAGUCGACUAAUCGGACUAAACGCUUUUCCAAUAUUCUUCACAUAUAGACUUUCUUCUUCUAAAUAAAAUUAAAUAAAUAAAAAAAUGUUAGCAGAAAAACGGUAAAACAGCUAGCUCCGCCCUCUCUGUCGUUGAUGUUUGUUUCUAUGGAUAACAUGGUUUACUAGUUCUGAAAUGAUAAAGAAGAAAACACAUUUCAACCUUUUUAAAUCUUUCGGACUUUUCUCACAUCUGCUUUUUUUUCUUGAAAUAUAUAAUAUAAUAUUAAUUUCAAUGCAUCUGUGUCAAUAAUUCCAGUCAUAUUUUAACUCUAAAUAAUGUUUGACCUUGAGGUCUAAAUGGAUCAAUCAGCGCUGGGUUUGAGCUGCAGUCUGAAGUUGUCUCUAUGCUCCCGAGUGUCUUUCUGAAGAACUACCGUGACUAUGCAUCGGCUCCUGUGCUGUUUAUGGAUCUGAUAUCUGAUCUAGAACAUGUCUGUCCACCUGGAGAAAUAAGAGAAACCACGUGGAAGCUCCAGUCUCCAGUUCUUACAGAGAGAAACACACAUUUUACUACCAAAGUGCCAAAAGCCAAUAACUUUUUUUAUAGAGGACCAUUUUUUUUAAUCCUCAAUUAAUUUGCCAAUUAUGUUCCCAAUUAAUUAAUUCAUUGUCAACAAAUAGUGAAAAAUGUCUUAGGUGACGUCUUUUUUUCUUUUGUCAACCAAAAGACCAAAUAUAGAUUAAAAGAUUAUAUAUUGAGUACAAAUAAUGAAGAAAUCAGUUUACAUCAAUGUAGAACAAAGAAAACACAUUUUGAAAAAAGGAGCGAAACGAUCGAUCGAUUAUCAAAAUAUUUUUAGUUCCGAGUGAAGUAAAUGAUUUGGGGUUUUGGACAGAAGGACAUUAACGAUUUGAAGACGUCAUUUUCAGGAAACUGUUUUUAAAACCAAAUGUAACCGAUUAAAGAGCAAUAUGAUAACAACAACAAUUGUUACAUGACGUUGGCAUGUGACGUGUCACGAAGUACACUGUGACACCGUGUCACGAAGUACACUGUGACACCGUGUCACGGAGUACACGUGUCCCUUACGGAGUACACGUGUCCAUUACGGUGUACUCCGUGUCCCUUACGGAGUACACGUGUCCAUUACGGUGUACUCCGUGUCCCUUACGGAGUACACGUGUCCAUUACGGUGUACUCCGUGUCCAUUACGGUGUACUCCGUGUCCCUUACGGAGUACACGUGUCCAUUACGGUGUACUCCGUGUCCCUUACGGUGUACUCCGUGUCCCUUACGGAGUACACGUGUCCCUUACGGUGUACUCCGUGUCCCUUACGGUGUACUCCGUGUCCCUUACGGUGUACUCCGUGUCCCUUACGGAGUACACGUGUCCAUUACGGUGUACUCCGUGUCCCUUACGGAGUACACGUGUCCCUUACGGUGUACUCCGUGACACUGUGAUUGACAGCCCUAAGCCCCGCCCCUCUCUACCUGCACUUGCUGCACCUGUGUUUUCAGCUCCGCUGGAGGCCAGAGCAUAGAUACAUAUUUUUAUGCAAUCUAAAUAUUAUUAAUAUUAUUUUGACUAUAAAGUUAAUUUUUUUUAACCAAAGUGGUCUUAAUCUGUAUGUAAAUAAUUCCUCAGAUAAUAUCUUUAACAAAAGUAAAAACAGUUUAAAUAUUUAAGAUGAGAGAAGAAAAACAACAUAUUAGUUUUUGACAGAACUUUGUGGUUUGUAACGUUCUUUAGUUUUAAAGGAAGAGUUCAGUCCCUUUAAUUCUUUGUUCACAUUUAAAUCAUCAAUAAUCUUUUCUUUAUCAGCGUGUCAAUGUAACAACAAAGUUCUGCCUUUGGAGUGUUUGUUUGAAGAUGAGGAGGAAGAAGAGUCAACUGAGAGGCUCCUCCAGUACUGAAGGGUUUCCAAACAUGGGGGCGGGACCCCCAUUAGCGGUGCAGGAAAGAAAAAUUUAGAAUUUUUAUUUUAAGAUUAUUUUGGGGGAAAAAACACUUUUUAGUAGAAUAGGUUGAGAAAUGUAUGCACCAAACGUUAUUUAUUGAAUUAAUUUGUCAACAAAAGAAAAAGUCAGAGGUUGGAUCAGAAAUAUUUUUUUAUUGGGUACAAAAUCUGAAUUUAACAAAAGUCAAACAAAUACAAAAAUUAAAAGGAAGCUGAAUUCUAGUUGUUAAAAUAUUUGAUUUAUGUUUUGAAUGGAGACUUGCAUGGUUCCUUUGUUAUGGAGGGUUCUGUGCUAUAGUUCCUCUGUUAUGGAGGUUUCUGUUGCAUGGUUCUUGCGGUAUGGGGGAUUCUGUAUGGUUCCUGUGGUAUGCAGGGUUUUGUUGCAUCGUUCAUGUGGUAUGGAGGGUUCUGUUGUAUUGUUCCUGCAGUAUGGAGGUUUCUGUUGCAUACUUCCUGCGGUAUUGAAGGUUCUGUUGCAUGGUUCCUGCAGUAUGGAGGAUUCUGUUGUCUGGUUCCUGUGGUAAGGAGAGCUCUGUUGCAUGGUUCCUGCAGUUUGGAGGGUUCUGUUGCAUGGUUCCUGCAUUAUAGAGGGUUUUGUUGCAUGGUUCCUGUGGUAUGGAGGGUUCUGUUGCAGGUCUAGAGAGUUUAGGAAAUGUUUGGAAACUAAGUGGACUGAAGUUUGGAGGACUGUGUGUCCUCUGGAGGAUUCUGUGUGUCCUCUGGAGGAUUCUGUGUCUUUUGUGUCCUCUGGAGAACUCUUGUGUCUUUUGUAACCUCUGGAGGACACUUGUGUCCUUUGUAUCCUCUGGAGGACCCUUGUGUCCUUUGUAUUCUUUUGAGGACUCUUGUAUCCUCUAGAGAACUUGUGUAUCUUCUGGAGAACUCUUUUGUCAUUUGCAUCCUCUGGAGGAUGACAAAUUAUUCAAAGCAGUUUGUUGUUCUGGAGUUUGGUUCUGUAUGUCCCCUCAAACCACAAAUCAAUCUUGUCUUAAUGUCCCCUCAAACCACAAAUCAAUCUUGUCUUAAUGUCCCCUCAAAUCACAUGUCAAUCAUGUCUUUGUCCCCUCAAACCACAAGUCAAUCAUGUCUUUGUCCCCUUAAACCACAAGUCAAUCAUGUCUUUGUCCCCUCAAACCACAAGUCAAUCUUGUCUUAAUGUCCCCUCAAACCACAAGUCAAUCAUGUCUUUGUCCCCUCAAACCACAUGUCAAUCAUGUCUUUAUGUCCCCUCAAACCACAAGUCAAUCAUGUCUUUGUCCCCUCAAACCACAAGUCAAUCUUUUCUUAAUGUCCCCUCAAACCACAAAUCAAUCUUGUCUUAAUGUCCCCUCAAACCACAUGUCAAUCAUGUCUUUGUCCCCUCAAACCACAUGUCAGUCAUGUCUUUGUCCCCUCAAACCACAAGUCAAUCAUGUCUUUGUACCCUCAAACCACAUGUCAAUCUUGUCUUAAUGUCCCCUCAAACCACAAGUCAAUCAUGUCUUUGUCCCCUCAAACCACAAGUCAAUCAUGUCUUUGUCCCCUCAAACCACA